AUGACUGUUUGGUGCCUGGCUCUCAUCCUUCUUUGCUACAUACCGAACUGUGUGGACUCUGCUCCAUCCCCAGUCCCUCAGAGGAAUAAAUAUAACAACUCCUAUCGUCUCACGAGGUUCACCCGAACCCGUGUCCAGCUGCUGCUGAAGGAAUAUAAGGAGCAUCAGUUGGGAAAUAAGCAUUUUGAGGACAGAAGCAGACAGUUAAAGGACCUGCCAUUGCUUUCUACAGAUUUCUACAGCUGGCUGAAGCUGACGGACUGGGAACGACUGCACGCUGCUUCCUGGGACAUGCAAGCCUACUGGAAUAUGCUGGAGUGGAAGAGAAAACAGCUGGAGAAUGAGGAGAAAGAGCAGGUGCCAGUCCGCACCACUAUACCUAGUCGCAUCAAGCACAUUCAGCUGGAUCUGAGGGACCUGAUGAGUGAAGUCAACAAUCAGAUUAGUUACAUGAAGAGCUCUUGGAUGAAACCAACCUCUCCCACGGUACGAACAGCUCUGAACCCAGAAACCAGCUCCGAAACAGUAUGGGACGGCCGAGUGGAGGGUUACAUCAUUCUGAGGGAUCUAGACCUUUACCUCACCAAACUGGCAAGGGACUUCCUCUUACUGGCCUCCAAAACACACUUAUGACUCAGUACUGAAAAAGAGUACUGUAACCCGGACAAUACACGCAUGCACACAAACAGACAAAAGGAAGGAAAAGCUGAAUUGACAAUCAUCAGUUAACAGAAAAUUGCAAUAAUAGUUGUGAUAAAUUUAAUCAGGCUUAGUGGUGCUGUCAGCACUUUACAUGGAGCUCUGAUUUUAGCAAGGCUGCUUUUUAACAUGAUGCAUUCCAGUAUAUUUAAGGGCUUUCUUGGGUAUUUCCCACAGUUUCUGUCUUACCUCUAACUGUGAGUUAGCAAUAAGCUCACAGAACAGAGAACACUUCCCAGCACACUGUUUUUCCCCCAAGCUCUCAAUUUAGUGGACUUUCCAAAGAUAUAUUUACUAUUUAUUGACAUAUUUAUUAAAUGCUAUUUAUUUCAAAGUGGUUUGUUUUAUUUCUCUUACAAUACAGAGAUACAGUGUUUUACAUAAGACAUUUUAUAUUUGAAAGAUAAAUAUAUUUGUGUAUGACUU